AUGUCCGCGCGACAUCUGCGCACGCGAAGCCCAACAAAGAGCGGCGCAACGGUCCUCGAUGGCCAGUCCGGCGAGCGGGAACAAGAUCAAUCAGACACAGAUGGUGCAUCAUGGUACAGUGGAGGCAUGGGCCACAGCGACGACAUCAACAACACACCGCGAGCAAGAAGACGAGUUCAGCAGCCUCUGCACGGAUCGGCAUACACCCAAGCUCUCAACCUGCAAGCACACCGUGUCGACAUGCCUCCCAACCCAACACCGUCCAUGUCUUCCAUGUCCUCCCAGAACCAGAGUACGACGAGCAAAAGGUCCCGAAGCCCCGUUAAGAGCGUCCAGGACUUGGGAAGCCUGGAAAUCCCAGUGUACUGGGACACCGCCUCAACAGCCAAGGCCUGCUCCAAGGCGGUGUCGCGCAUGUGUCCAGGGUCGAAUGGAUUGGUGGAUGCGCUUGGGCGCAUUGUCAAUGGACACACGCCGUACAUCCCCGCAGCCCUGCGAGAGGAACUCGAGGACGACGACGAUUUUGAAUGCUCCGACAGCGCCUUUUAUACGCUGCCCGAAGCUGGCGGAACGACGCUCUUCGAUCUUAGGUGCCAGCUGAAACAACUCCGGCGGGUCGUUCACAAUACGGGCGAGUGCCAAAAGCUGGUUCGCAGCGAGCCCGCGUGGAACGAAGACGUCCACAAACCAAUGCUGUCCCUGGCCACCGAGAACACACCGGACGUCCGAGCCGAGAACGUCACGUGUGCAAGUAUCGCGCGGCCCUUUCUCCCCCAACGCGCUGGCUUGGCCGACGGCGGCGACGCGGCCACAUCCGGCAAGAUGGUCGACUACGUGCUCGCGCUCCAGCUCCCCCAGGCCGACCCCCUGCGACGACGAAUCGCUACCUUUUUGCCCUCGCGUACGGUCGCCGGCGAGACGGACUUUAUCAACCAGACAGCCUACCGGCCGCUAAAAUACGCGCCGGCCGGCGUCUUUGUGGAGACCAAGGCCGACAGCGGCAGCGCCGACGAAGGGCGCACACAGCUGGGUCUCUGGGUUGCGGCGUGGUUCAGGCGCAUCGAGGCACUUAGGAUAAACCCCUCGAUGCCACUGCCUAUGCUGCCACUGCUGCUCGUGCUAUCCGAUACGUGGGACUGUUAUUUUGCGUGUCGCGUCGAUAACGAGAUUCGGAUUGUCGGCCCAUUACAGAGCGGUAGCACGGCGAACCUAGCGAGUGCGUAUCGGCUCUAUGCGGUACUGGAGGAGUUGAGUCGGUACGUGAAUAAAGAGUUUCGCCAAUGGGUAGAGGAGUUGGUGGAGUUUGAUAAGCAGAUGUGGUUGGGUGGUUGA